AUGUACUAUAGUUACCAGAUUCACGCCCGUUACAGUGUUUACUCCCUCCUACUUAAUGCGUGUAGAUUAUUCCAGCAAUACUUAGUAGAUGCAUACACCUGCAUUGAACAAGGGCGACUUGACUAUUUUCAAAACAACCAAGAACAAGUGAGAUCAGAGUACAUCACCGGGAUUUAUGAUGCACUUUCUAGGGGAGACGUCGAGGUUCGUCAUAUUGGGAAACGUGUUCUUUUGCCUCCAUCAUUCGUUGGUGGUCCGCGUUACAUGUAUAGUCACUACCAGGACGCAUUGUCGAUUUGCAGGGAGUAUGGAAAUCCACAAUACCUUAUCACCUUUACAUGUAAUGUCAAUUGGCCCGAGAUCAGACGCUAUAUGAUAGCUCAUAACCAAAUGGAUGUCCAUAGUAGAGCCGAUAUCAUUUGUCGUGUGUUCUACAUAAAAGUCAAAGCAUUUAUUAAGUUCUUAAAGGAGGAUAACACCUUUGGAGAUGUGAUGGCCCAUUUGUAUACGAUCGAAUUUCAAAAGAGGGGGUUACCACACUGUCACACUCUUUUGUGGGUGUCUGAUUCGGACAAACUACGGGAACCCCGUGAUAUUGACAGGUUCAUCACUGCUGAAAUCCCAGAUCCAAUUUAUGAGCCCUUACUAUACCAGACUAUCACAAGUUGUAUGAUUCACGGACCAUGUGGUUUACUAAAUCUGAAGUCUCCCUGCAUGAAAGAUGGAAAGUGUAGCAAACACUAUCCAAAAUCAUUUUCAGAUUCCACUGUGUUUGACAAACAAGGUUACGCGCAUUAUAAAAGAAAUUUUUUGACACGUCGUACGCUACAGAGUGGUAUUCAAAUAGACAAUGGAUACGUUGUCCCAUAUAACAAGCGCUUGUGCAGUCGUUUUAACGCACACAUAAAUGUUGAGUAUUGCGGUUGGAACAUGAUGAUAAAAUACUUAUUCAAAUAUGUUUCAAAAGGUACGGAGCGGGCAAAGUUCAUUAUUCAGAAGGAUGUUUUUACUGAUAACACUAGCACUUCUUCAGAACCUGUUAUAGUUGAUGAAAUCAAAAGUUUUCUUGAUGGUCGAUAUAUCUGUCCACAUGAGGCUGCCUGGCGUAUUCUGAAUUUUCCAAUUCAUGAACGUAAUCCACCGGUCACUAUACUACCAGUUCAUUUGGCAAACAUGCAGACAGUUUUUUUCAGAGAAGACAGUCAGAUCCGUGAUAUUGUAGAAAAACCAUCUUUUGGUAAUAGUCUGCUUUUGGGAUGGUUUGAAAGUAAUAAAUGGGACAAAAAUGGACUAGAUCUGACUUAUGUAACCUACCCUUCAAAAUAUGUGUGGGAGAAGAGAAUGAAGAGGUGGAAGCGAAGACAUCUUGAAACAUCACAUGCAAUAGGUCGACUCGUGUUUGUACAUCCAUCUGCAGGAGAGUUGUUUUACCUCCGAAUGCUACUUUGCCAUCAGAAGGGUUGUAAGUCAUAUGAAGAUGUACGCACUGUUUCUAAUCGACUCCACCCAAAUUUUCGAAGCGCAUGUGAGGCAUUAGGUCUAAUUGGGGAAGACAAAGAGUGGCUAGUUGCUUUUACAUAG